AUGUCUUACAGUUACGUGAAUAAGAUAGGAAAAAUCCUAUGUAUUGGCAGGAAUUACACUGCCCAUAUCAAGGAGCUUAAUAAUCUGAAGCCUAAGGAGCCUUUUUUUUUCAUAAAGCCGCAGUCGGCAAUAUUGAAACAGAACGAGGGGCCAAUUUUAAUUCCAAAGAAUGUAGUUGCACAUCAUGAAAUUGAACUUGCUUGCGUUAUUGGAAAAAGGCUCCAAAAUUUAAGACCUGAUAAAUUCGGGCCGAAGGAAGCGAUCGAUGCAAUUCAGGGGUAUGCGUUGGCAAUUGAUAUGACAGCAAGAAAUGUUCAGGCAGAAGCGAAAAGAAAGGGGCUUCCGUGGUCUAUUAGCAAAGGAUUUGAUACAUUCUUGCCUAUUUCACCUCUUCUCUCAAAAGAAGUAAUAACUGAUCCGUAUAAUGUGGAAUUGAAUUUGAAGGUCAAUGACGAACAUAGACAGCGUGACCUCGCAAAUUUAAUGAUAUUUCCGAUUCAUAAGUUCAUCAGUAGUAUGUCCUCAAUUAUGACAUUAAAUCCAGGCGAUGUUAUUCUUACAGGAACACCAAAGGGAGUUGGAAUUGUUAAUCCAGGAGAUAUUGUUGAAUGCUGGUGCUCAAUAAAUGGAAAAGAAGUGAGUGACUCUCAUAUGAAGUUCAAUGUAGCCGAGAAGCCUGGCUUCUACGUUUUCCAUGAAGAAUGA